GCGCCGCCUGGGUUGGUCGACCGUCGCAAGUUCUUUCCUUGUUCCCGGCACUCCGUUGCGCGUCUCGUGAAGAAGGAAAAGGAAGCGGCUGCCGGCUCUGCGUAAUAGAGGGGUUCGUGCUGUCCCUUCCCCGAGGCGGCAGGGCCAGGAAGGUGUUUUUUUGGGUUCCGGCAGCGGCGGUGGCUGCAGCAGAAGAGCCCGGAGGGAUGUGGCGGAGGCAGCGCUGGUGGCUGUCGUUGUUGUGACUCCGGCACUUGAGAAGGAGUGUGGCGGCGCCUUCCGCCUAGGCUCAAGGAAUCCUUUCUGGCCGCAUAGCGCGGCGCGGAGGGCGACCCUCCUGCAUCGUUGCGGCCAUUGCGCCCGCCCGGUCUCCUGUGGCUUUACGUUUCCUUUUCUGGCUUCAUUUCGCUCGCCUUCCGAGUCUUCUUAAGUCGGUGUUUAUUUACCGAGUGCACCCGAUCGAUCCAGAAUGGCUUCUUCUUCCGGCAAUGAUGACGAUUUGACCAUCCCGCGGGCGGCGAUCAAUAAGAUGAUCAAGGAGACGCUGCCGAACGUGCGGGUGGCUAAUGAUGCCCGGGAGCUGGUUGUGAACUGCUGCACCGAGUUCAUCCACCUCAUUUCCUCCGAGGCUAACGAGAUCUGCAACAAGUCUGAGAAGAAAACCAUCUCUCCCGAGCACGUUAUCCAAGCAUUAGAAAGUUUGGGAUUUGGCUCCUAUAUCAGUGAGGUAAAAGAAGUCUUACAAGAAUGCAAAACUGUAGCAUUAAAAAGAAGAAAGGCUAAUUCCCGUUUGGAAAACAGUGGCAUUCCUGAAGAAGAACUCCUAAGGCAGCAACAAGAGUUAUUUGCAAAAGCUAGACAACAGCAGGCAGAGCUAGCUCAGCAGGAAUGGCUACAAAUGCAGCAAGCUGCUCAACAAGCACAACUUGCUGCCGCCUCAGCCAGUGCAACCAACCAGGCAGGAUCUUCUCAAGAUGAAGAUGAUGAAGAUGACAUCUGAAAUGUUCUAGGCUGAGCUUUCAGUCCUCACAAAGAAAUAGUUGUCCUGCACAACAAAACCAGUGAAAUGAAUGCUUGCCUGUAACUUUGUCUUCAUCUUGGACCAGCCAUUGGUAUUUUAGGGAUGUCUGCUGUUGUGUGCUGUACAUGUCAAAACUGUCUUUUUGAACUUUUGAGGACUUAAGGUUCAGUAUCAUAUCAACUUUGGAUUUUUAAUGGUGUUUAUGGAAAUUUUAGACAGCCGUGCGUCAUUUAUUUGAUCAACAGUGUUACAAUAACGUUUAUAAAAUAUAGCAGAAUUUAUACAGAAACUCUAAAUUCACACUUGCAUUUCUCUUCCCUUUUAACCAUAGAAUCUUGUGUAAACAUUUUUAAUUUGUGUUUUUGAAAUAGAGCAGGCAUUUAAUCUGCUUUGGGGAGAAAAAGCAAAGGGUUCAGUGUACUUUGGAUUGAAUUCUUUGUCUUUUAAAUAAGGAAAGAGAUACAUGGCAAUAAAUAACAUGUGCUUAAUAUCACCAAUCUGAGAAAUAAUGCAUUUUUGCCAAACUAGGAAAAUGUAUGUUUAAUAGCAGUUGUACAGAUACAUGAUUUUUUUUUUGUAUGGGGUAAAAAAAAUAAAUAAAAAUAAAACCCAGAACUUUAUUAUGAUAUUGAUUCAGUGUUCUGAACAAAACAGGUAUUUCAUUUCAAAUGUUCCCCAGUUUGGAGAAUUAAAAUGGUUCUUGUUUAAAAGCUGUUUAAUUUUAACCGUAGAUGGGAUUACACACAUUGCCUAAGCAUGUUCAUACACAUGCUGUUUGAAGGAAAAGUAAGGUUUGGAAGAACAGAUUUGUUUUUAAUUCUGUUUGAUGAGGAAUGUUUAAAUAGGACUAUGAAAGCAAACAUUGGAAUUAAUGUGCAUGCUCACCGUCAAAGGAAUCUUUAAUUCUGAUUACUUAAGUGUCGUCAGCACAACGUUAACAGUUUUUCAGGCUAGUGUAGCAGUAGAGAAGCUUUACCUUGACAAACUGAUUGCUCCUACAUUCAAGUAGGGGACUAAAUAACAGCAAUUUAGUUGCAAAGUUUAGUUUGGUGGCUUGAACCUCUAGACUGACCAACAAAACCUGAACGAGAAAAAUCUUUUAGGGUGAGAUUUUUUAAAAGAGUAGUACUUACAUAGCUAUUUGUGUUGGAAUAAAGAAUGCUUUACAGUUUGACAAUAUACUUGAAAAAUGCAUAUUUUUCUGGUACUCUUUUGUAGAAGAAAGAUGCAAUCUCACAUCUUGCAUAUUAAUACAUCAAACAUUAGAGUGAUAAGAUUUUGAUGGCUAUAGAAAUGUGCAAUGAUUGAAACUGAAAGGCAAAACCAUCCUAUCUGUAAGCAGAAGACUAAAUUAGACAUCAAAUUAAAGUCCUGAUUGCAAUUUAAAUUUUAAGGGGCUUCAUGUGAAUUAACUUGCAUCAUUAUUUAUACACUGGUUACUGAGAAAAAUGUUUGAAUGUUAAGCUGAAAAAAAAAAGAUGGAUUCAGCUUGUUAAGUAUUGGGACAAGAUCUUAUUAAAGAUCUAAUUGUCAUGAAGGUUGAUGUACCAAAGGUAGAAACACUAGGCUAAUGAAACUAUGUUAAGGUGCAGUGUUGGCUUUUCUAAU